AUGAAAACGUCCCACAAAACCGAUACCCCCAAAGUGGAUACCCCUCCAGCAGCGGUCGAAGCCCCUGCUGUCAACAAUGAUCUCACCAACCUUUCCAUCUUCGAGGCUCCCGCCUUCAACGAUCCCAGCAUUUGCAACAGCCGUACUGGACUCGUCAACGGCAUUGCCCGUCGCGUCGGUAACGACCGCAUCGUCUUCUUCAUUCAGACGGGCCACGUCGAUGAUCGAGCAUCUCGCAAAGCUGUACUCGUGGCUCAACGCCAACGGGCGUCCAAGUGGUACCUCUUUGAUGUCUCGGACAUUCAGAACGAUGGAUCGUCAAAGUUCCCGUUCGAAACGUUCUCCUCCAAGGACGAUGCUCGCUUUGUCGGCAAGUUCAAUCGAAUGAAGGAUUCGAAAUUGGCGGCUUUGGCAAUGAAACAGUACGUGGGAUUCUCACUCUUUCAAGGACGCGACAAGGUCCCUCCUGUCCAAUCCAUCUUGUACGAAACCCCCGACAUCAAGACCUUUUGGAAGAAUAAGCACACUCGCACUUGUCACAUGGUUUGUUUGGGGACUCCCACUCCCAACGCUCGGGGCAAUGGCAUUGUCGACAGCAGUCGCAUGGAACAGUCCGUCAAGUUGCUUCUCGGAAAGAAAAAGACGCUCAGCGAUGUCGUGGCACCAGACUUUGGAAUCUACGUUGGGGCGACCAAUCACAUGAAGAACGACGCGGGUGAGCCUCAUCCGAUCUUCCAUGGACGCGCCAACAAGGUGGCGGCUCAUGAAAACAUGGUCCUGGCCGACUUGCUCACCAAGCGACACAACCUUCAAAUGGUUGCCUACAAAAAGCACGUGGAGUGGAACGUCGACUUCGCAUUCCCGAAUUCUGCAUUCACGGCGUUUGCGUUUGCCUUGUCGCAACUCGAAAUGGGCAACGUUUAA